GUAUCCUAUAUAAAGACACCAAACCACAUGAUGAAACCAACACAUGCACACAGUCUCACAAACCAACAAAAAGAAAAAGAAAGGGAAAGAUGAUGGGAGAGGGCUGGAUUGAAGUUGGUUCUAAAAUUGCAGGCUUACUUUUUGUCUUGACUACGAUUCAACAGUACUUCCCCCAGCAGCUCAAACACUAUUUAGGAAAGUGGUUCAACAUCAGAGUACUAGGUUUCGUCUAUCCGUACAUUAAACUCAAAAUCAAUGAGCACUCAAAUGGUAGGCGAAACGAGGUUUACUAUGCCAUUAAAACUUACCUCAGCAGCAAGUCCACUGACCAUGCCAGACGUCUCAAAGCUGACAUGAUCAAGAACACCAAGUCCAUUGCAAUCAGCUUCGAAGAUUGCGAAGAAGUCCUUGACGAGUUUAAGGGCAUAAAGAUAUGGUAUCGGGUUUUGCAGGAAGACACCAACACAGAAAUACAAACUUCAACAUUUUACGCCCAACGGUCACAACAAGUUCCGGAAUACAAAUCUUAUGAACUAAUAUUCCACAAGCGACACAAGGACGUUGUAGUCGGAGCGUACCUGGAGCAUGUCGUGGAACAGGCCAAGGAAAUUGGGCUGAGAAAUCGCCAGAGAAAGAUUUACACAAAUAACAUUAGCGAUUACUGGUAUUGGGCGGACAAGAAUUUCUGGAGUCACAUAGGAUUUGAGCAUCCGGCUACCUUUCAGACUUUGGCAAUGGAUCCUGCGAUCAAGGAUAAAAUAAUCAGUGAUCUUGUUACAUUCAGUAACGGGAAAGACUAUUAUGCCAAAGUUGGGAAACCCUGGAAAAGAGGGUAUCUUCUUUAUGGUCCCCCAGGAACUGGGAAGUCUACCAUGAUUGCCGCCAUAGCUAAUUUUCUAAAGUAUGAUGUUUAUGACCUUGAAUUGACAUCAGUCAAGAACAACAAUGAGCUGAGAAAACUACUAAUUGACACGACCAGCAAGUCCAUUAUAGUGAUUGAGGAUAUUGAUUGCUCACUUGAUCUUACUGGGACCCGAAAGAAAAAGGAGGAGGAGAAAAGCAAAGAGGAAGGUGAGAAUGAUCCCUUGAAAGAGAAAGAGACUGAUAAGGAAAAGGAAGCUAGUAAGGUUACUCUUUCUGGGCUUCUAAACUUCAUCGAUGGAAUUUGGUCUGCAUGUGGUUCAGAAAGGAUUAUAGUGUUUACGACUAAUCACAUUGACAAGCUAGAUCCAGCUCUAAUAAGAAGAGGGAGGAUGGAUAUGCAUAUUGAAAUGUCAUACUGCAAAUUCGAGGCAUUCAAAGUUCUGGCCAAGAACUACUUGAAUAUCGAAUCACAUCCUCUUUAUGAAACUAUUGAGCGUUUGCUGGGGGAAGCGAAUAUAAGUCCUUCUGAUGUCGCUGAGAACUUGAUGCCUAAGAAUGCUUCAAAAGAUGAUGCUGAGAUGUGCUUGAAAAGCCUGAUUGAAGCAUUGGAGAGAGCCAAAGAUGAUGCAAGGUUGAAGGAUCAGAAAGAAGAACCAGAAGCAGAAACAGAACAAGAUGGAGAUGGAGAUGAAGAUCCAAAAUCAAAAUUAGGCAAACUAGUCAAAAAACACAAAAGUUAUUUGCGGGUACUAAGGAAAAAUGUUUGGUGCAUUUGAAAUAUUUAAUAGCAAUACCUAUAUUAUUUGUGAU